AUGAUCUCCUCACAGUCUGUGGAGGAGCUGGAGGCGAUUGCAAAGGGUGAGGAUCGCGUUCGAACCGAACAACAUGUGCUUCAGCUUCGGCGGAUGGUGCGAAGUCUACAGAACUUGAGCGAUGGCGAUCCGGGCACUGUCUCUUCCAAGAAACAGCACUCAGUUCAUGGCUGCGUAGCAGCGAUGAUCCUGGAUGACAUGGAAGACGAACCUGAACUACCUGAACCGGGGCGCUUUGCUCAGAGCUUAUCCCAUCCACAACUGGACACCAUUCGGAAAGCGUUGGCGUCCGCCAAGGCAUUAAACGAGACCUUGGAUUUGGUGAAGAGUGUGUCCCAACGGUGGCCGAGCGGACCCACUUCCAGGGAGGUGGGGCGAUCGCAAAGGCACCAUUUUGAGGACACAGAAAAGGAGGCAAAAGACUUUCAGGCUUUUCUCUCCAGUGAUAACGAAGACGAGCCCUUCGAGGAAGUUGACGCUUUUGCAAACACGGCCGAGCUGGCCGAGCUGCCCAAGGAGAUGUCAGAGCACAUUUUGGAGGCUACUGAGGCUGAGGACUACGGUGCUGAAGUCACCCAGGAUCUUCGUAGAUUGGAAGAGAGCAUGCGACAAGUUGGAGAUUGCCGCCGUGAAGUUAAGGCUGAUUCAAGAUGGAACGAUUUCACUGAUUACAGGGGCAACGUGCCUGUUGCUGAUGCCUCGACCAUGACGCCGCCAAGUUUGCUUCUUUCACUUCUGAAGUCCAAGGAGGUGGCCUGGACUUCGGUUCCUUUGGGCUCCGAGAAGGACUUUCAAUGGAGCUUGAUGCCUGUACUGGCGCAGACAGAUGAGGCGAAGACACUAGAGCUCCCCAGUGCCGGUGACGUCGAAGCGGGGUUGAAGCGCAUUGAGUCGAAGAUGCUUGAGGAGGAAAACAAAAGAUCCGCUCUUCCACCACAUGUUCUUGCUGGGCAGGCUCCAGGAACUACUUGGCCUUCCAUCUCACCGGUUGCGUGGUCCCGCAUUGGGGGUGGCCUCGAAUUGGCCCGUCUCACCUCAGAGCCACGUGCCUACUGCGCCCAGCGGCGCGUGUCCAGACCUGCACCACCGCCAGCGCCGGUGGAAGAGCAGGCGCUGGAAGAGAUCGAUUUGAAACCCAUCACCUCGGCCAUCUCCUACAUCAAAAUCGCAAAACCGGAGGUCGAACAGGUGCCCCGAAAGCGAAAGGCUCGACGCGAAGAACGGGAGAUGAAGGUGGUGGAGCAAACGGAACAGGACCUGUCGAAGCAGGACGUGCAGGACCUGCAAAGCCUGCAGGAUUUGCAUGAUCUGCAACAAGUGCAGGUGAAAGCGCAAGAAGAGGACCUCAAAGCUCCACCCCACCAUGAGUUCCAGCAGGGAAGGCGGCCCAAACGCCGACUUCAUACUCUGGAGCAACAACGAGAUGACAAGGUGGUCCAGCAGUGGCUCACACGCCUACGGCAACCUCUUGCGGCGGUGGCCAAGAUUGAGGAGCCUCUUGAGUCGACUUGA